UUGCUAAACAACUCCAAGUCCCUUGAACAAAUUCAUCAUGGAUGAUCCCAACACUUAUUACCUGGUUAAUGGUGUGAAGGCGAGGACGUAUGAAGUGACAGCAAAACCCGAUAUCUUAAAGUACGACCUACCACAAAAUGAGCAGAACAUGUCAGCUGAUCAGCUGCUGCAGAGAGCUUUGCAGAAGGACAAAGACUAUGAUCAUCUGCUGCACACUGUGCAAACCGGACUUCCUCACAUCAACACAUCUCAUCACGUGGCCAUUGUUGGUGCAGGCAUGGCUGGAUUGACCGCCGCCAAGUUACUGCGAGAUGCCGGACACCGGGUAACAAUAAUAGAGUCUAGCGGUCGUGUUGGAGGACGGGUGCCCUACAGAAAUGAGGAAGAGGGUUGGUACGCUGAACUAGGAGCCAUGAGGAUCCCAAGCUUCCACCACAUUGUACACUGGUUUGUUAAAAAGCUCGGGGUGAAGCUGAAUGAGUUCAUCAUGGAUGACAUGAACACCUUCUACUUGGACGGCCUGCGGAAGAAGACAUAUGCAGUGAACACAAACCCAGACAUCCUGAAAUACAAGCUACCAAAGCGUGAGCGCAGAGUGUCGGCCUACGAACUCCUGCAACGUGCUUUGCAGAAGGUGAAAGAUGAAGUGGAAGCAAACGGGUGCGAAGCAAUGCUGAAGAAAUAUGACCAUUAUUCUGUGAAGGAGUAUCUGAAACAAGAAGGCGGUGUGAGUGAUGAGGCUAUCAGGAUGAUUGGAGACCUGUUGAAUGAACAGAGCUUCAUGUACACGGCGCUGACCGAAAUGCUCUAUGAACAGGCUGAUAUCAACGACCACACCAAGUAUGAUGAAGUUACUGGUGGAACCGAUCUUCUUGCCAAAGCUUUUCUUCCCGUUCUCGAUGUCCCCAUUCUACUCAACUCAAAGGUCAGCUGUAUCAAGCAGUCAGAUGAGGGUGUAAUCGUUUCCUAUCAGCAAGAACAUGAGCCUUCUUUGAAACACCUUCAUGCUGAUGUUGUCUUGGUAACAACCACAGCAAAGGCAGCCCUCUACAUAGAGUUUGAGCCGCCACUGUCCACCAGAAAGAUGGAGGCCUUGAGGGCCGUCCAUUACGACAGCUCCACCAAAAUCAUCCUCACCUUCAGUGAGACCUUUUGGGAAAAAGACGGCAUCCAUGGAGGGAAGAGCAUCACUGAUCAACCCUCUCGUUACAUCUAUUAUCCCAGCCACAGUUUUCCCAAAAACAAGUCCAUUGGCGUUCUUCUGGCUUCAUACACCUGGUCUGAUGAUUCACUUAUGUUGCUUGGAGCAAGUGAUGAAGAACUGAAAGAGUUGGUUUUGAGGGAUUUGGUACAGAUCCAUGGCGAAUACAUCAGGCCUUUGUGCACAGGAGUUGUGGUGAAAAGGUGGAGUCAGGAUCCUCACAGUCUUGGUGCGUUUGCGCUCUUCACACCUUACCAACACUUAGAGUAUGCCAAGAAGCUCUUCCAAAGGGAAGGCAAAGUGCAUUUCGCUGGUGAACACACAGCUUUCCCUCACGCUUGGAUUGAGACCGCCAUGAAAUCCGCCAUCAGGGCCGCAGUUAACAUAAACCACUUGGCACAUGCAGAGUUAUCAAGAAUCCAACACCAACAUGAACUCUAGAUUCUUAAAUCUUCAGUCUGGCUUUUUUUUUUUAGGAUUAUUAGAUGCAUGAAAUGGCAAAUAUGUCAUUCAGACUGACAGGUGGAAAAUGUUUGCAAAUUCUCAAAUAAAAAACUGAGGUUAU